AUGGGCUCAGUCUCCCACAUCUUCUCCACCCUGCCCUCAGGCGUCAAGGUGCCCCCAACCCCCUUCCGCAUCGACGUCUCCGACUCGGACCUCUCCCAGCUCCGCUCCCUGAUCCAGCACGCCGUAAUCCCCCCCGAGCAAUUCUACAACAAGCACGCAAAUGCCGAAACAGGCAAGUUCGGCAUCACGCGCGAGUGGCUCGUCAACGCCCGCGACUACUGGCUCAACAAGUACGACUGGCGCGUCCAAGAAGCCUUCAUCAACUCGUUCCCGCAAUACAAGCAAACCGUCGUCGGCCCCACCUCCAACCAAACCUUCGACCUGCACUUCGCCGCCCUCUUUUCUCGCAGGGAAGAUGCCAUCCCCGUGAUCUUCAUGCACGGCUGGCCCGGCUCCUUUUUGGAAUUCAUCCCCAUGCUCGACAUUUUGCGGUCUCGCUACACCCCCGAAACGCUUCCUUACCACGUCAUCGUCCCUUCCAUCCCGGACUACGGCUUCUCCACGCGCCCGCACGACUCCAGCCUGGAAGAACUCACAACCGAGUUCGCAGCCGAGGCCAUGAACGAACUCAUGCUCUCCCUCGGCUUCGACGAAAACACAGGUUACGUCGCUCAGGGAGGCGACGUAGGCUACGCCCUUGCCCGCACAAUGGCUAAUAACUUUCCGGCGUGCAAGACUUCGCAUCUGAACAUGUUCAUGUUCACACCGGAGCAGUUCGCUGCGUGUCAGGAGGAACCGCUUUCCGAGCGCGAGGAACGCCUGAUGGCGGGCACGACUGCGUGGAUUAAGCAGGGCAGCGCAUAUGCUUACGAGCAUGGAACUCGGCCUUCGACUAUUGCUCUUACUCUCAUGAGUAAUCCAGUGUCAAUGCUAGCGUGGAUGGGAGAGAAGUUCAUCGAGUGGAGCGAUAACCGCCCUCAAGGCUCCGAGCCGCUGUCACUGGAUAAAAUCCUCAAUGGCGUGUCGCUGUAUUGGUUUUCGGGUGUUUCGGUAGGACAAUGUGGUCUUAUCGCAGCUUGGUGCCGGAGAUUGGCGCCACGGCUGUUGUACAGGAGGAUCCGGCCGCUCAAAAGCCGUUUGGGUAUGCGGCUUUCCCGGUGGAGAUUGGCACGUUGCCCAGGACGUGGGGGAAGAAGUUGUUUGGGGAGAGAAUGGUGUGGUAUAAGGAACAUGAGGUUGGUGGACACUUUGCUGCGAUGCAGGAGCCGAGGGCGUUUUUGGAUGAUUUGGAGGGGUUUUUGGAGUUUGUUGCGGGCAAGGUGGGGAUUGCUGGGCGUGGAAAGGGAAGUGGUGAGAAGGGUAACUGAGUUUGGGAUAGAGGGAAGGUGGUGCGUGAUGAGGUGA